AUGUUUACUGCAGAAAAGACUGGAAUAGACACGACCAAAAUAGACACGACCGGAUACGUUGUGUUCAUGGUCGAAAUUGAAGCGGAGAGGGAUUUACUCGUACCUUAUGGCACCAUUCUUGUCAUUCAAUCCUUGUUGACAGAAAAAAUAAAGAUGACCCAAGUAUUGUUUGUAUUGCCAAGGUUCGAAACUUUUAGGCGGGAAGUCUUCACCUCUUUCCACGCGGAGUGGCGUGAGGAGCUCUCUUGUAAAUUUGCUAUUAAUGGGAUAAGUCUUUUACCGAAUGAUUCCACCUUAGUGGAAGUAGUUGUUCUUAUGCCGGCAAAGGAAGUCCAGAAUUUUUCCAUGAUGUUCAAGGCUAUGGAUCUCUACCUUGUAGCAUUUAAGUUCCUCGAAGGAGCAAAGUGGAAUCGGCUCCGUAUUGCGAAGGACGUGGAUGAUGUCAAGUUCUACGGAAAUUACCAAUCUAUGUUAUCGAUGGCGGGGUAUGGUACCAUAGCUAACAUAAUUGUCAACAAAUCAAGCCUCGAAAAUGCCAUCCACACACUGGGGAAAAAAGACCACGUCCAACCGAAAAUAAUUGCUAGGGCAAUCUUGCAGCUAAUCCUUUUCUUUUGUGAGAGCGCGCGGUUCGAUCAAGUUGAAGCGCAUUGUUCCUACUUUCUAGAACCUACAAAAGAACGAAGUCACGUCUCAAUCUCCAAUCUACCUAGGUUGUUGACUCAUUGGAAGAAACUCUCAAUCAUAGCUGCGACAAGGUUGCAAAAUAGUUGUAGACUUGCCUUGUUGGAGAGCUAUGGCUUGACCACAAGAGAAAACGAGCUGAUUACAACUUUGGGGGACGCGAGGAAGGAGGUAAAGCUCCUGCAUGGGACCUCGCCCCUCGACGCACAUGAACUGGAGAGCAAGUAUGCGGUUCGUGGAUUUGAAGAGAGAGUCUGCUGCUGUCAAGAAGUCCACCUACUGGAGGGACUUUAA